AAAUUUCAAAUCAGCUUACUGUACAAUAUACAACAACGCAUGAACACACGCGGAUUAUAUGCAUUAUAUACAAAUAAGAAUUGUAUGUAUAACUGUACACUAACAUAUUUACAAUGUGUUUUGAUAUUUACAAAUGUAUUUGCCACCGCGUAUUAUAUAUCGUCGUCAUUGUUCGCACUGAUAGUCUUGUUAAUCCAGUUCAAGUAAUGCUGUAUCUCGGUAUAUACAUCCGGAUAACCCGGUCUGGCACAUCCGGAGCCGAAGGACGUGACACCAACCAGUUGCCAGGCGCCAUCGGAGCGACGACACUGCAAAGGUCCUCCGGAAUCACCCUGAAGAUUAGAAUAGACAGAGAAAUUACAAAAAAGGUGCUCACCACGCAGCUUCCGGAGGAACCAUCGGUGUGACCGGCGCAUAGAUGACCCUUCCUGAUGGGCACCGUGGUGGCGUAGGCUUGGAGACACUCUUUGAGAUUCAGAAGAGGUACGCUGGCUUCCAGAAGGGCGGUGGAGAGCGAGGGCGAGGGUCCGUAUCGGCCCCAGCCGGAGGUCACGCAGUGACCUUUGCCGAUGAACUGACCGGGACCAGGAAGACAGAUGGUGCGAACGAACUUGGACAGAGGUGCCGGCCUGGCGAGCUUCAUUAGAGCUACAACGACGAGAUUCGGGAUUUUAGGGAAGCUUAUUGAAGAAUCUUGUUUUAUUACGUGGAUCUUCAAGUAUCACACGCUGUUACAAACGAGAAGAGAUUCACGUCGUGCAUCUCACCUUGUGCGGAAUGAGAAAGUGAAACUGCAUUUACCGUCGUAGAAGGAGAGGAAGAGUCGUUUCCGUUGCCUGCUAUUUGCCUGCAAAUUUUCGGGAAGCGAUCGAGAUGAGGGAAGAAAUGUGAAAGAAAGAGAAAAGAACGAAAGAAGAGAAGAUGCGAGAUUUCUAAAAAGAGAAGAAGAGAUUUGAAUUUCUUAUAAAUAACACGUAGAAGCAAAGUCAUGAUGAUGAACAAACUAUGUGCAUCACUUAGUGAAAGCAGAGGAGAAUCGUCCCCGAUUUAGGCGCACUUGAGUUCGAGUCUCUGCUAAGUUUACCGACACUUUUUUUAGUGUAGACUAGAACCAAAAUUACAGUCUCUUAUCCUGCGAGUGUUCUUGAAUAAGCGAUCGUCCGCUAUUCCCUCAGUGUACCGCCAAAAAUGAUGGUGUCAACGAGAAUUUUUAGGUUACUCAGAUAUCACAAGCCAGUGCUUUUGGCUGGCAAAAAUUUCUGCAAAAAUGGAAACACGUCCUACGUUAAGUUUAUUAACGCCAGGAGGGCGAGUCACACGAAUGCCGGCACCGAAGUCAUCACGUUGUCUGAUGGCAAACAGCUCAGCCUGUCUACAGGCAAAUAUGCACGUUUCGCAGACGGCAGCGCAAUCGUGUCAUUGGGUGACACCUCCGUUAUGGUCACAGCGGUUUGCAAGCAUCAUUCAUCCAACUCCUCGUUCCUCCCACUCGUCGUGGACUACAGACAGAAGGCAGCGGCAGCCGGUCGCAUACCUACGAAUUUUUUACGGAGAGAACUUGGGCCCACCGAGAGCGAGAUUCUCACGAGCAGAGUCAUCGAUCGCUCAAUAAGGCCGUUGUUUCCAGAGGGAUUCCACUUCGACACCCAGAUUAUGUGCAACAUGCUGGCCGUCGACGGCAUAAACGAUCCUGACGUGAUUGCCAUUAAUGGAGCCUCUGCGGCUCUCAGCGUCUCCGAUAUUCCUUGGAACGGUCCUGUGGGUGCGAUCAGAAUCGGAUUGAUCGACAAUGAUUUUAUAAUCAACCCCACGAGACGUCAAAUUCAAGAUAGUAUAUUAAAUCUGAUUAUCACCGCAACCAAGCAUAAUUCGAUUGUCAUGUUAGAGGGUUCGGCCAAUGAGAUACUGGAGCAGGAUCUGAAGAAGGCGAUAAAGUUCGGCGUGAAAGAAUGCCAGAAUAUUGUAAACGCGAUAGCGAACUUGCAGAAGUUAUACGGCAAAACGAAAAGGAAGCUCGAAACUAACGAGCAAUCGCAAACCGAUGAGGAUCUGAGUAGUUUUGUGAAGCAAUUUGCAGAGACUAAAUUGCGAGAUAUAUUUUCAGAUCACACGCAUGAUAAGAUUUCUAGGGACAAUGCGAUUAACGAUUUAAGAAAUAAUGUUCUUGAAGCGGUGAAGGAAUCUGGUAAUGCAGAUUAUGAGGUUCAAGUAGCGGAAAGAAUUUUUGCCAAGAUUACCAAAGACAUUUUCAGGACACUGAUCUUAGAGACGGAUGUCAGAUGUGACGGUCGCCUAAUGGCAGGUAUACGCGACAUAUCCUGUCAGGUAGACCUUUUUAACCCUCUUCAUGGCUCGGCUGUGUUUCAACGGGGACAGACCCAGGUCAUGUGUACUGUGACUCUGGAUUCUUUGGAAAGUGCGCUCAAGAUGGACGCCAUGUCAAUGUUAAUUAGUGGCGUGAAGGAAAAGAAUUUCUUUCUCCAUUACGAAUUUCCGCCCUAUGCGACUAAUGAAACGGGACACGUAGGUCGGGUAAAUCGCCGGGAAUUGGGUCAUGGCGCUUUGGCGGAGAAAGCUCUGCGGCCGAUUCUUCCAAAGGAUUAUCCCUUCACCAUAAGACUGACUAGCGAGGUUUUGGAAUCAAACGGUUCUUCUUCAAUGGCUACCGUUUGCGGCGGAAGUUUAGCACUGCUCGAUGCAGGCGUUCCUAUCUCUUCGUCAGCAGCAGGUGUGGCCAUUGGCCUUGUGACUAAGCCCAAUGAAACCAACACGGAUAUCGACCAAUAUAAGAUACUGACGGAUAUAUUGGGAAUCGAAGAUUAUUUCGGAGAUAUGGAUUUUAAAAUAGCAGGCACCAAGCGAGGGUUCACCGCGUUGCAGGCCGAUGUAAAGAUACCAGGAGUUCCUUUAAAAAUCAUAAUGGAGUGUAUCCAACAAGCGACAGUCGCUAAAUGGGAUAUCAUUAAAAUCAUGAACGAGGUGAUACGAGCACCGCAACAACAUAAAAAGGACAAAAUGCCUGUGGUCGACAGCUUGGAGGUUCCUAUUCAUCAAAGAGGAAAGUUUCUCGGAAUCGGCGGGAUGAAUUUAAAGAAGAUAUUCUUGGAAACCGGAGUGCAAAUAUUUCCGCACGACGAAAACACGUACUCUAUAUUUGCGCCAAACGAAGACGCCAUGAAUGAAGCUAAGGAAAUGAUAGAAAAUAUUCUGCAGAAGGAUCGCGAGCCGACCUUGGAAUUCGGUUCCAUUUAUACUGCGAAAAUAGUAGAGAUACGGGAAAUUGGAGUCAUGGUGACGCUGUACAACAACAUGGUGCCAGUAUUGUUGCCCAAUUCCCAAUUGGACCAACGCAAGAUCCAUCAUCCCAGUGUUCUGGCACUCGAAGUUGGCCAAGAGAUACAAGUCAAGUACUUUGGACGAGACCCGGUGUCCGGACAAAUUAGGAUAUCGCGCAAAGUGCUCCAGGAACCGAUCACUAUCUCGAAAACUCUUCAUCGAUAAUAAAAUAUGAUAGAAUAUGUGAGACGUGUGUUGUAUAAAUGAUCAAGUUUCAAAUUGAGACAUUGCGAGAUGCUCUGCAUAUUUUCCCGGUUAAAAGGUGCAUGUUUUUUGCAGAUUCCAACUGUAUAUAUACAUAUAGAUGUAUAUAUUUGUUGAAUACAUUUUUGUAUGGCGUCGUUGUUAAGAAUAGAGACAUUUGCGAUUAUUAAAUACAA